ACAGAUUCGACAGCUAGCUCUGAAUAUCGUCGCCGGAAGAAUGAUCAGGCCGACCGCAAAAGAAGCAUCAGCCCCCGAUCGAAAGACCCAGUCAAAGCACGAGAAAUGCUUGAGAAGGGCAUUCAGAAGAUUCGGUCCAAGAAUAUGGACAUCCUGGGGUAUCGGAAGUUGCAAAGCCUGAUCGAAUAUCACGACUCUAUCUUUAUCCAUGAAGGCAAGUAUGACGAGAUGCUGCUGGUUCUGCUCGAAGAACUGGAGAGUCCCCCGGAUGAGAAGCGACAACGCCUCGGUCGCCCGCUGGACUUGAAAACCCAAGUGCUUCUGACGAUUCGCUUCAUGCUUGCACACAAGAAGCACUUUAGUUCAUCUUACUAUCCCAGGGCCAUCACAGCUCUCAUCGCUGCUAGGAAUUAUUACGACUCAUCAAGCCACAUCAUCAACGGAUUGAAUGAGACGGCCGAAGAGAUUCUUACACAGUGUGAGCCUGAAGGUGUUAUCGACGCCGUAACCGACCUAGUAUCGACCGAAGAUCCGGAAACAGGCGAUCGGGCGGUCACUAUGGGCUUUUCUGUUAUGACAGAAAUCUUGAAGGGGAUGAACAGCAAUGCAAUUCGUCUUUCCUGUCGCCUGCUGGAGAAAGUUGGGUCACUAGCUGGCAAGAGUCUGACAGCCCGGCAGCCGGAUGUCAGGCGUCAAGCAACACAGCUGUGCGUACAACUGCACACGAUGGCCGAUAACGAUGAUCACUUCUGGCAGGUUGUUGGACGGCCUCGCGAGAACUCACGCAACCUGCUGACAUACUACAUUGCGAGAAAGUGA